UACUUCAUGUAGUCCGUCACCACUACUGCCGUUGCACCGUCGCUGGCGUCCUUUCUUAUCCUUACCUGCGACGAGACGCCAGCUUUUGCCGGUCCGGUUGGGCAUCACGAAGAGCUGCGAUUGGUCUGAAUGCAAUGGCGCCGGCCGGGGGACGAGGGAGAGGGAGGGGUAACCCACCCACCACCACCACCACGCAACACCACACCAGCGCAAUCAACCCCCCGAAUCGCAUCGAAUGGGCAGCCCCAAAAUCUCACGAUAUCUACCCCCCACUACAAAAAAAAUCGAGCCCCCCCCCAAUUCCAAUACGGCAGUUCGAAUACGACCUAUCGCAUCGUCUGUCGCAUGCAGGCUCAUUUCACAGUACCUGUCCUCCACCGCACACCUCGGCAAUAAUAUUGCUCUCGCGUCGUCGGUCGCCCGGCCUCGCCCUUCGAAGAUGGACCCAUGCAUCGCUUGCCGGAACAGCGAUUGCAUUACCUCAUCCGCCUGCAUUGCCUAUCGGUGCCUGCACCGCUUGCUGCGUCUCGCUCCUGCCUACUGUCGGCACCGUCGUCGUCGCCAUCCGAUCGUGUGGCCAUCAGCUCCGACUACCUCCACGAUUGCGGGGGAGAGGGGGGGGGGUGGACUGUGUCUCAUGAUUGCUGUGUUGUCGCUGUUCGUUCAUUCAUUCGUUCGGCCAGGGUGGCUUUAUCAUCUAUCUCUUCAAUCUGUAUGUACUUUGGGCGGAAUUGGUUUUCUCCUUAGUGAGAGCGGACGACACCAAUCCCACAGGCUUUCAGGAUCUUAUUCAUUAUCAUUGUUAUCAUUUUUCCUUCCUUUCCUAACGCGGGGUUUCAACGGGGUUCUUUCUCUUUUUAUUUCCUCAAUAGUCAUGUGUACCAUCAUACAUCUAGAUACCGGAGCGGCGUUGCAAUCAUCAUCAUCUUGGGAGGCGGAAGGCGGGGGCGGGUUUGUUUUUGUUUUUUUAUUUUUUCUGGCUUUUCUGUUUUUCUGCGUUUUGUUUUUCCUCAUUUUUUUAUCUGGAGCACUGGGUGGGUUUUUCGUUUUUUUUUUACGUUUUGGGGAUUUUUUUUUUCCACUAUUAUUUUUUUACGAUUGCGAAUGAACGAACGAGAAGAACAAGAACAAGAACAAAUGAUAAUAAUCACUAUUACUCCUCUUAAUUCGUGUUCACUCUACAUACUCUAUUCUAUUCGAAAGGCGCAGGGUGCAUUCAUUUCAUCUUCAUCGCUGGCGGAUGAUGGACGGCGGCGGGCCAGGCC